GCGCUGGUACAAAGCGCCGACUUCUCUCUGGGCCAAGCCAAUGCACCGGACAAGUCCAACCCCAUCAGUCUGCCGCAGAUGAUCGCAUGGGGUGGUAACACGGCCCCUAGGCUGUACUAUGGGGCUGCCAAUCACAUUGUACAGAGCAUUCGCAGCGUGUUGGCGGAUUGUCCAGGUGUGUGCGUGAUCUGUGGCAGGGUCUACGGGUGUUAG